AUAGCCGUCGUUCCGUGAUCUCCAGCGCUCAAUUCGAUCUCGUGAGGCAAAGGCAAUCGAGUCUAGCAUUUCCAAGACAUAUAUAAGCUUUCGAGCCGAUCUUGUCAGCUUCAGACCAUUGUCUCUUCAACCUUAACUACUUUUUUCGACACGCCAACAAAAGACGCCAAAAUGUAUCGCAGUCUGGCUCUUGCUACAUCACUGGUUGCCGCAGUUGUGCGGGGCCAGCAAGCCGGCACUCAGCAGACAGAAACCCAUCCGACAAUGACAUGGCAGACAUGUACUGCGGCUGGAAGCUGUACAACCAAGAACGGGAAGGUUGUUAUUGACUCCAAUUGGAGAUGGGUUCAUGACAAAACCGCCAACAGCUACACCAAUUGCUACACGGACAACAACUGGAACAAGACUUUGUGCCCUGAUAACGUUAAAUGCGCAGCCAAUUGUGCACUCGAGGGCGCCGACUACAAGGCCACUUAUGGUGCCACUGUUAGCGGAAAUUCUUUGAAGCUUACGUUCGUCACCAAGGGAACAUAUGCUACAAAUAUUGGAUCCCGAAUGUACCUUCUUGAUACCGACACGACAUACCAACAAUUUCAAUUGUUGAACAAGGAGUUCACCUUCGAUGUCGAUGUGUCCAAUCUCCCCUGCGGGCUCAAUGGUGCUCUGUACUUUGUGUCAAUGGAUGCGGAUGGUGGAAUGAAGAGAUUUUCUACAAACAAGGCGGGUGCCAAGUAUGGUGUUGGAUACUGCGAUUCGCAAUGUCCUCGUGAUCUGAAGUUCAUCAACGGAAUGGGCAACGUCGAAGGAUGGACGCCGUCGAGCAACGACCCCAAUGCUGGUGUCGGAGGCCACGGUUCUUGCUGUCCAGAGAUGGAUAUCUGGGAAGCCAACUCAGUCUCUGCAGCGGUCACACCUCACACUUGCGAGGCCUUGACGCAGACGAUGUGCUCUGGCGAUGCUUGCGGAGGUACAUACUCUGCAACCAGAUAUGCUGGUAGCUGCGAUCCCGACGGAUGUGAUUUCAACUCUUACCGCAUGGGAGAUGCUACCUUCUAUGGACCUGGCAUGACAGUCGAUACUUCCAAGAAGUUCACGGUCGUGACACAAUUUAUCGGCGACCCACUUACCGAGAUCAAGCGAUUCUACGUGCAAAACAACAAACUGAUCCCCAACUCCCAGUCUCAAAUCGCCAAUGUUUCCGGAAAUUCCAUCACCACGGACUUCUGCGAUCAGCAAAAGGCCGCCUUCGGAGACAACUACGGCUUUAAGACUAAGGGAGGUCUCGAAAAUAUGGGCAAGGCUUUGUCUGCUGGAAUGACUCUUGUCAUGUCCGUGUGGGAUGAUCAUUACGCCAAUAUGCUUUGGCUCGACUCUACCUACCCAACUACGGCAACCAACCCAGGUGCAGCUCGUGGUACUUGCGCUGUUACUUCGGGUGUCCCCGCAGAUGUUGAAUCCAAGUCUCCCGGUGCGUCAGUGACCUAUUCGAAUAUCAAGUUUGGACCAAUCAACUCUACCUUCACUGCCUCAUAAACGCUAUUCCAUGCUGCACGCAACGAUUGUAUAUAUGGAGCCUAGUGGGACAGAAGCCGUGUGGCCAAAGGUUGUUGUUCUCUUCAUACUUUCUUUGAGUAUCCUGGUUUAUGGCAUUCGUUUUGGUGGCGGGGUAGGAGGUCAGUGGCUUGCUGUUGAAUGAAUGUAAAUAUGAAAAAGCAGAAAAGGUGC